UCAAGAUUGAGUCUUUUUGAGUAAAGAGAAGAUAAAAUGGCAUCAAUGUUGCUUAGUCGACAGCUGACCUGUUGCCUGCAGCAAAACUCCAGACUGCUUGUAUGUGGACACAGAUAUAUCAGCCAAGCUGCAGCUAAAAUUGAUGUGGAUUUUGAUUAUGAUGGACCUCUAAUGAAGACAGAAGUUCCCGGACCACGGUCUAGAGAAUUAAUGAAGCAGCUGAAUGGCAUUCAGAAUGCAGAAGCUGUACACUUUUUUUGCAAUUAUGAAGAGAGCCGAGGGAACUACCUAGUAGAUGUAGAUGGCAAUCGCAUGUUGGAUCUCUACUCUCAGAUUUCAUCCAUCCCAAUAGGUUACAGCCAUCCCUCUCUGAUAAAGCUUCUACAGCAGCCACAGAACUUGAGCACUUUUAUCAACAGACCUGCCCUAGGGAUUUUACCUCCAGAGAACUUUGCAGAAAGACUGAAGGAAUCUUUGCUAUCGGUGGCUCCUAAGGGCCUGCCACAGGUGAUCACCAUGUCUUGUGGAUCCUGCUCUAAUGAAAAUGCCUUUAAAGCAAUAUUCAUGUGGUACAGAAACAAGGAGAGGGGCCAUAAUAAUGUCACAAAAGAGGAACUGGAAUCUUGCAUGAUUAACCAG